AUGCGCUUUUUGCGAAUAAACGACGAUGGAAGCUUCAGCUUGAUCUACUUUGUAGAGCGCGACGUGCCCAAUUACGCAACCUUGUCCCACACUUGGCGGAGUCAUCACGAGGCCACGUUUCAAGACGUCAUCAAUUGUACAACACCUAAAUCUAUCCCCGGCGGUCCGGCCUUCGACAAACUCCUCUUCUGCGGCGACCAGGCGAAAAAGGACGGAUUGCAAUAUUUCUGGGUUGAUACUUGCUGCAUCGACAAGUCAAGCAGCGCUGAACUGAGCGAAGCUAUCAAUUCCAUGUUUAGCUGGUAUCAGCGCUCGACUAAAUGCUACGUGCUUCUUACCGACGUUUCUAUUCACUUGGGAAAUAACGAUUUAGACUAUAGAGACUCCCAACUACGACAGAGCCGGUGGUUCACUCGAGGCUGGACUCUUCAAGAGCUUCUUGCUCCUCCUUCGGUUGAAUUCUUUUCUCGUGAAGGAAAACUCCUUGGUUCUAAGAAAUCGUUGGAAAAACAAAUUUCCGAAAUUACGAGAAUCCCCAUCUCCGCUCUUCGAGGAAAUCCUCUUUCUUACUUUACUGUUGACGAGAGGAUGUCCUGGAGGACAAAUAGAGAGACCACACUCGAGGAAGAUAAGGUGUAUUCUCUGCUUGGCAUUUUCGGCGUCCACAUGCCGGCAAUCUAUGGCGAAGGAGAACACCACGCGCUUCGUCGCCUCCAAUCUGAGAUCGAGAUGCAUUCAAAAAAACCCAUUACCGACAAGAAUCCAGACCUCCAGCACCCACUCAGUCAGUGGCUUGUGCCGUUUGAAAGAAAUAUUCGUUUCACCGAUCGUGAGUCUGAGCUUGCCGAACUUCAAAACAUGCUCUUCACUAACAAUCAAUUCACCAAAACUGCAAUCUCUGGUCUCGGAGGAGUGGGUAAGACGCAGCUUGUGCUGGAGUUCCUCUAUCGUCUUAGGGAGAAGCACGAGCAUUUCUCGGCCAUUUGGAUUCAAGCUACUAGCAUGGAGAGUCUGGAUCAAGGAUACCAUGUUGUUGCUCGGCAAUUUGGAAUUCGAAGUUUGGGGGGCGAAGACACGGACAUUAAAAAAGUUGUGCAGGACUUCCUAAGUAGAGACGGCGCAGGCCAUUGGGUCUUGGUCUUUGAUAACGCCGACGAUAUCAACAUGUGGAUCGACAAACCAAACUCCGCAGCUCAUCAAUCUACCCGGUUGAUCGAUUACAUUCCCCGGAGCAAGAAUGGACGGGUCAUAUUCACGACGCGAGACAGGAAGGCCGCGGUGAAGCUCGCCCAGCAGAAUGUGAUUGAAGUGCCUCAGAUGACUGAAGACACAGCUACACGGAUGCUGCGGAACCUUUUAAUACACAAGGAUCUUGUUGAUUCCAGACCUGCGGAUACGAAAGCGAUGCUUGCAUGGCUUACCUAUCUCCCACUGGCUAUCGCUCAGGCAGCCGCAUACAUCAACGAGAAUGGGAUUAGCCUGGCGGAUUAUCUGGUGCUCGUGGGUUGCCAAGAGCAAGAGGCUAUUGAGCUCCUCACCGAAGAAUUCGAGGAUGAUGCGAGAUAUUCCGACAUGAAAAACCCAGUGGCCACGACCUGGCUGAUCUCAUUCCGGCAAAUUCAACAACACGACCCUCUUGCAGCAGAAUACAUGUCUUUCAUGGCUUGCAUUAACCAUAAAGACGUUCCUCAGCUUCUCCUUCCACCAGGGCCAUCGCGAAAGAAGGAGAUGGAUUCAAUUGGGACACUGAGCGCCUACUCAUUCAUCACCAGACGCUCAGAAGACUUGGCACUUGACUUACAUCGACUUGUGCACCUCACAGUUCGGAACUGGCUUCGGAAUGAAGGAGUGCUUGCUGAGUGGACUCGCAGAGCCGUCGCGCGAUUAGAAGAGGUAUUUCCGGGCCACGCACACACGAACAGGGCCGUGUGGAGAAUGUAUCUUCCUCACGCACGUUAUGCCUUGGAGUCGAAGCUCAUUGCAAAGGACGAUGCCAAGAGGGUCGACUUGGAAUGGAAAAUUGCAAUGUGUUAUUACAGCGACGGCCAGUUCGACGAGGCAGAGACUUUUUUUCGGGAAGUGAUGAAGUUUCGGACAAAUGUGCUUGGAGUGGAGCAUCCAGACACGCUAAAGAGCAUCGCGAAGCUGGCUUUGACAUACCAUGCACAAAGCCGGUUCCAAGAGUCCAAGGUACUCGGGCUAAGGGCGGUAGAGGCUCAGAAGCGGGUCCUCGGCGAAGAGGAUCCUGAGACACUGACUACCAUGAGCCACCUGGCCAUGACGUGUAGCGAUCUGUCGCAGUGGAAGGAAGCAGAAGAGCUCGAGCUGCAAACAAUGGAACUUCGGACGCGCGUUCUCGGCGACGAACACCCGGACACUCUCGUUAGCAUGAGCAAUUUGGUGUAUCUGUGCAACUGUCAAGGUUGGUGGAAGAAGGCUGAAGAGCUUGGCAAGCAGGUAAUAAGCGCGCGCAAGAAGGUGCUCGGUAUCGAGCAUCCUGACACUCUCCUUAGUGUUGGCAACCUAGCACACACGUAUAACAAUCAGGGCCGGUACAAAGACGCCGAAGAGUUGCUAGUCCACGUAAUGAAUGUUCGUAUAAGAGUGUUAGGAAAAAAUCAUCCGCAAACGCUUAGCGGUAUGAGCAACCUAGGAGUUAGCUACCACAAUCAAGGCCGAUUAGACGAAGCCGAAGCGCUCCAGGCGCAAGUAGUAGCGGCCCGCAAGGCCCUGCUGGGCCCGGAGCACUUCUCAACUUUGACGAGCAUGGCUCAUCUCUCAUCGACAUACUAUAGUCAAGGCCGAUUGACGGAGGCAGAGGAGCUUGGUUUGCAGGUGAUGGAGUUGCGCAAAAAGGUCCUAGGCCCAGAACAUCAUCAUACAUUGACCAGCAUGACCAAUCUGGCAUCGAUUUAUCUUGAUAAUGAGCAGUUGAGCAAGGCCGAGGAGCUUGGGUUACAAGUAUUAGCGAUCCGGAUCAGAGUGCUAGGUAUGGAGCAUCACCAUUCGCUUGCUAGCAUGGAGCACCUGGCAGCUACGUAUAAGAAGCAAGGACGGUUAAUGGAAUCUGAGGACCUUGAGAUGCAGGCCGCUGAGGCUCGAAAGAAGACGGUAUCCUAG